ACAUUGGUUACACGACGUAACACCACACAGGUAAACAUCCGGUUUGCUCAGUCACGACAGCCACAGGAUGCACAGAGUGGAGUACGCAACUAGUGGAGGGGUGAACCUGAAGGAGAGGGGACCCUACAAUCCCACCCCCGUCCACAACUACCUCAGCGGUACGGGAAAGUCUCACGUGUACCGGGGGCCGGGCUACUACAUCCCCUUAUCCAACUGCUGGAUCCAGUUCCACGAGUAUAAGGCGCUCCCUCCGAAAACCAAAAGGGACGCGGUACUGUUUGAGUCGGAAGACGCCUGGGUCGAAUAUCAACGAAUGCGGGACGCUGCUCCAAAGCCUAGUGGUAUCACGUUGUCAGGAGUACCCACACAGUACACCGGUGUCCCAGUGCCAAACCUACUUCCGUUCCAGACUUCCGCUUGGAGUAGACGCUGGGAUGGUGCGGGGUACUUUUUACCCUCCGGUGAGAAAUGGUUCCACGACCAUGAUAGUCCCGCUAUCCCUUCUGAGUCAAGGCACUUUUACAAUGAAGAGGACUGGAUCAAAUACAAGUACUUGCUGGAUAAGCCAAGCAUGUCGACGCUUCAAAAAUAGUACUCUUAACAGACAAAUAUAAUUAUAUCGACUAUUGAACAACUGUAGGGACACCGGAGAAUUGUUUAUGAAGGGAAGAAGGGUAGUAAUUAUACCAGCCGGACUGGACAUGCGUAUAACAGUUCAGAUGUAUUCCCUAGUGGCCUUACCAUUGUUCCCAACUGAAGCCUAAAUGCUGAUGGCUGCCGUGAACAAUGCUACAGUUAACUGCAUGCUGUUUUCCAUUUUAAAGUUUAAUGCUCCUCUACUCUAAACACGCUCAUUUGACGAGUCGUCAAAGGCGCUGAACGAAUUAUGAAAAAGUUGAUGGGCGAAUUUUCAUGGUUUCUUUAAUUGUGUGUGACGAACAUAUCCUCGUGUCUAAUCUAGUUUCAAACUCGCACAAUAUGAACCAUUAGCUCCUUUGUGCAGUCCGCAGGAAGGCCAGUACGGUAACCAGCUACAACACCCUAUACACUGUAAUACAUUGAUAGGACUUUACGGUUGGGAUGAGGAACAGUGCGAGUGAUGAGUGAGGAUUUUAUGCCACCAAUCAAUGGCAGGAUUCACUCAACUCGGCAACAAUUUGCAAUCUAGAGUGAAAAGGACCCGCGGUUUUGUGUAUACUGAGAAGGUAAUUAACUGCCUCGUGCUGCAAAGUGUCUCAGACAUUUAUCAACGUACGUUUAUUACCUCACCACUAGGUGGCGGCUGUAAACACGUUAGAUAUCGCGACUAAAAUUUGCAUACUUUAUUCGCGUAAAUUUGAAUUAGUUAAUGUGACAUUGCUGCCCUCUAGCAGUGAAUCUGGCUCUUGGAAAUAAACUAGAACUCCCGUUCGCAAUAUAUCUUGAGAUUCCGUUUACAAGAAUAAAAGCACAUCUAGUUUAUAGAACAAACUGAAGGCAAAUCUAUAGGUCUGAUUUCAUUAAGUAUGUCUAACUUUUAAUUAUUUACAUUUGAUCUGGAACUUGUACACACUGGUCGACACAUACAAACAAAACCAAUCCCUAAAUAGAUAUAUAAGUAUAAACUUUUGCACAUUUUAUUUCUUAUCUAUAUUUGAAUUUAAACAGCAGAGAUGCGAUUGAAUAUAAGAGAUAAUGGUAAAACAUGUACAUGACCUGUGCUCCUAGUUAGGUCCCCGAGUUUGACGUAAUGGUGUUCUUGACUAUUUUGUAUGGAUUCUGCGACAGUUAAAGUAAUGCGACAGUUAAAGUGAUAUGUUUGAAAUUCUGGUAAAGAAGAUUGAUAUACAUGGUAAGUAAAGUGUGUUAGAAGCUGAACUACACGUACCCCAUAUCUGACAGUGUGCAGCGAACAAUGGGUACAAACCUAUCAGGUCUACGUCCCUGUUUAACAACAGAUGAGAGACGUGUAACAGUUGUGAGAGGGUGUUAAUUUGAUAUACAUUAUUUCAAUCAAUGUUUGUUUUUUUUUGUCUCAUAAUUAUUUUUAUGUGUUACGGUCCAC